CCUCCAUUCCUACUAUUCUUCAUUCAAUUCUCCUAUUUGCCUCAGUAGCAUGCAAUGCAUUUGGCCCUGCUUAUAAUCCUUCUACUUCUCGCCGCCGCCGCCGUCCUAACUAUUUCUUUAGCUACGGUCGCGUACGUCAAGAUGUUUCGAAGGUGCAAACCAUUCAGCGGUUGCUGCUUUGGGGGCUCGGACGACUUCGAGAUGGGUCCCGCCCGGGCCCGCGUCGCCGAUGGUCCGGGAACUGAACCGGAGAAGGGGAUUCCGGCUCCGAAGCAGGAGGCGGUUCCGAGGCGGAUGGGGUGGGCCGAGGUGGAGUCGGCAACCGGGAAGUUCUCCCCCUCCGCGGUGGUCGGCGAAGGCGGAUCCAGCACCGUCUACCUUGCACGCUUGCCGGAUUCCUCCCUUGCCGCCCUCAAACUGCACCGCCCCUGCGAGCGCCUCCACCAUGCCUUCCGCCUGGAGCUCGACCUCCUCCUCCGCCUCUGCCACCCCCACAUCGUCCGGCUCCUCGGCUACUGCGACGACCGCGAGGCAGAAGGGGCUUUGUUGUUCGAGUACGUACCGAACGGGAGCCUUCACGAGAAGCUCCAUGGUGGCGGCGGGGAGGUGCUGCCGUGGGCGCGGCGGGUGGCGGUGGCGCACCAGGUGGCGCAGGCGCUGGACUACCUUCACGAGGGCUGCGACCCUCAGGUGGUGCACGGAGACGUGAAGGCCGCGAACGUGCUCCUCGACGGCCGGAUGGAGGCGAAGCUGUGCGACUUCGGAUCUGCGCGCGUCGGCUUCUCGGCGGCGGUGGCGCCGCCGCGACCCGGGCGGACCAUGGUGGUGGGCUCGCCAGGGUACGUCGACCCGCACUACCUGCGGUCCGGGAUGAUCUCCAAGAAGAGCGACGUGUACAGCUUUGGGGUGCUGCUGCUGGAGCUGGUCACCGGCGGGGAGGCGUUCGACUCGGAGAGGGAGAGGCGGCUGACGGCGGACAUGGCCCCCGUGCUGCGGGACGUGGAGAGACGGGCGGCGGAGGUGGUGGACCCCGGAUUGGCCGGGGAGUAUGAUGCCGGAGAGGCGGCGGAGGUAUUGGGGAUGGCGGCGAUGUGCCUGGGGUAUAACCCUAGUCUCCGCCCUCCGAUGUCGCACGUGGUGAGAAUGCUGCGGGAGAAGAACGCGGCAUCCAUCGGGGCCGUCGGAGUAACAAAAACCAGUUGUAGUACUUAACUCGUCAGUUGGUUAGUAAGAAUUUCUAUAAAAAGUCUUUAACUCCGUUAGAUUAGUAGGAGGGUAAGUGAGGAACCAAAAAUAUAUUUUUAUCUAAAAUUGUAUAAAAGUGGGUUUUGUUUAGAGAUUAGUUAUAUCUAGUGUUGGAUCAUCGAAGUUUAGGGUUAGUCAAAUUAGAUUUAAAUAAUAAUAAUAAUAAUAAACUUGGGUUAGUGAUGGGUUGCCAUCAAUGUGACUCCAUCGAAAGCUUACAUGAGCUCAGUGUUGCCGUCCA